AUGGAAGCAGUGGAUAAUGUGGAAAAACACACUAUAAGAGAGUCAUCUACUACCACGGAAUUAGAGUCUACUCCCAAAAUACCAGCUGAAGAUGUUGUCGACUCUUCAGCAGCAACCAGUGGAGUAAAACGAAAGCGCCUACCGAACGACAGAGUUGGUAUGUUGAAAGAUGAGAUUCAGGAAAAUCCUCAUAAUCUUUCUGCUUGGUACGCAUUAGUUGAGGAGUACGGUUCGAAAGGAAAGCAUGAGGAACUUCGAGAAACAUAUGAACAAAUGUUACGUCCAUUUCCUUAUGUUCCUCGCGUGUGGGUGGAUUACAUAAAUGCUGAACUUGCUUUCAACGAUUUUAGAGCUGUUGAAGUCUUGUUUAGUCGUUGUUUGGUGAAAGUUCUAUCCGUAGAUCUGUGGACACUCUAUUUAAGUUAUGUUCGACGUAUCAAUCCUGAAGGUGAAGGUCAAUCACGUUCAACAAUUACUCAGGCCUACGAAUUUUCCAUCAAUACAAUUGGAAUGGACUUACAGAGUGGUCCGAUUUGGUCAGACUUUAUUGAUUUUCUUCGUUCUGGACCUGCAGCCUCGACGUGGGAGCAACAACAAAAAUUAGACGCUGUUCGUCGUACUUAUCAACGUGCAGUCUCUACUCCUAUUUACAACAUUGAAAAGCUGUGGAGGGAUUAUGAUGCAUUCGAAAAUAGCGUUAACCGGGCUACGGCUAGAAAGUUUGUAGCCGAGAAAUCUCCGGCAUAUAUGUCUGCUAGAGCUGCCAUGCGCGAGCUCUCUAAUAUGACUAACGGAUUACGGGUCCUGGAUUUUACUUUCGAACGAAAGCAUAAUAAUGCUGAGAAGACGGCCUAUGUUCGUUGGAUGAAAUGGAUUGAAUGGGAAAAGGGUGAUCCUUUAGAUUUGCUUCAUGGUACAACUUUACAAGGAAGAAUUGCUUAUGCUUACGAACAAGCCAUGCUUUAUAUUCCUCUUUGUCCUCAAGUUUGGUUGGAUGCUUUCUCUUACUUUUUAAAUAUCCCAGAUGAGCAACGUGCCUUGCAGGUAAUGAAGCGCGGUAUGCGUUAUUGCCCCUCAAGCUUUGUGCUACAUGUCCGUUAUGCAGAACAUGAAGAAGCAAAUGGUCGCACUUCCGACAUCCGUGUAACUUACGAGUCUUUGGUUGCUGCCUUGUCCAGAGAAAUUAUCCUAGUGGAAAAACAAUCGGUAUCUGACAACUUUCAGGGCUCGGAAAAAAAACAAGAAGGAAAUAAACCGACUGGUAUCUUACUCAAAUUGGAAAAGCGUAAGAAAAAAUUGGUAACAGAAUAUAGUCUUGCAUGGUGUUGUUUAAUGAAUGCUGUUCGUAGGACAGAAGGAAUCAAAUCUGCAAGAUCUGUGUUUACAAAAGCAAGGAAAGCACCACACCAAUCUCAUGAAAUUUACAUUGCAAGUGCUUUGAUGGAACAUCAUUGUUCCAAGGAUAGCACAAUCGCUUCAAAGAUAUUUGAACUCGGUUUAAGACACUUUAGUGAUCUACCAGACUAUGUAUAUAAAUAUUUAUGUUACCUGAUUUCUAUCAACGAUGAAACCAAUGCUCGUGCACUUUUUGAAAAAGCUAUUUCAAAGAUGAAUGCUAUUGAAGCGAAGCCUAUUUAUCAAAGAUGGCUUGAUUAUGAGAGUAGGUAUGGCGAUUUGAACGCUGCUAUUAGCUUAAGUCAAAGGAUGGCACUAGUGUAUCCUCAGGAGUCUACUCAAAGUAUAUUCUUAUCACGUUAUGGUUUGGAAGAAGAACGCGAAGAAGAUGAAUUCGAUGCAGAUAUAUAUGAACUCCGGCCUACAACUGAUUCUAUUUCUCAGAAUAAGGAUGAUGAUGCUGCUUCUGAAACCUCAGAUUCUUCAAAAAGUAACGUAGAGAUGGAAGAUACUCGGUUGUUGCCUGCUUCAUUAGAGACUGGAGCUGCUCAUCCUCCUCCUAUUUCUGCACAAGUUCCUGCGGCACUUGUACCGUUACCCCCUAUUGUUACAGAACUACUAGACGAGUUACCAGCUGCUCAGACUAUUACUGAAGCCCCCAUUCAUCCUGCUAAACUAAUGGAUUAUGUUGUCAAAUCCGAUAUUCCCUUCAUUCGUCUUAGGAAUGCAAACACGCAUUUAAAAAAAGCACGUUACAAUUGA